AUGGCUACCACACCUUCAACUACUUUUAGCCUCUACCCUAACCAUAAUCUCCCGGCCGAAUCCUCCAUUGUAGAGGAAACAAUAUCUCGACAUUUUACCGGAGAAUUCGCUGGUGAUGUUUCUGUUCCUUGGUCCAAUUUACAAAAGAUUGUUGCAGAGCUCAUCGGCACCUACAUUCUUAUUUUUGCUGGGUGUGGGGCUGCUCUUGUUGACAGAGAAAGGACACUUACUACAGUGGGUAUAGCAAUGGUUUGGGGCCUGGUUUUAAUGGCGUUAAUAUAUGCAGUUGGUCAUGUCUCCGGUGCCCAUUUCAAUCCUGCAGUAACCCUUGCCUUUGCUGCAUCAUGCAGAUUGCCACUAAUACAAGUGCCCAUGUAUGUAUUGUCUCAGUUGAUGGGUUCAACACUUGCAUGCCUCACCCUGAGGAUUAUGUUCCAUAAACAAGGAGACAUACGGCCAACCGUCACCCAGUACUCGAGUUUAACCACUGAUCUGGAAGCUAUUACUUGGGAAUUCCUAAUCACUUUCUUUCUCAUGUUCACCAUCUGUGGUGUUGCCACUGAUGAUAGAUCGAACAAAGCCCUCUCUGGCGUUGCAAUUGGAGCAACUGUCUGGUUUAAUGUCCUCAUUGCAGGCCCUAUUACCGGAGCUUCAAUGAAUCCUGCAAGAAGUAUAGGCCCUGCUUUAAUCUCCGGUAUUUAUAAAAAUCUCUGGGUCUUUAUUGUAGCUCCCAUCCUUGGAGCCAUGGCUGCAACCAUAGUGUACAGUGUUCUUCGUGGCCCGAACCCUGAGAAACAUGAAGAACACUCCAAAAGCAUUUACAAUGACAUGUUACCUACAUUCAGAGGCCUAGAGAGGUCAUGUGCUAGUUUUACCAAAUGCUGGAGAGCAUGA